AACUGACAGACCAAAGCCACCACCCCUCCCGAGUCCUAACUGCUCCACCUCCCUCCUCCAAUCUCUCAUCAUGUCGACGGCGGCUGCAUCUAGGCCCAGCGGCCCUGUCCUUCUGAGCCCCUUUCCCAACUACCAAUCCGCCUCGCUCUCCCGUGUCAAGCUCUCCGCCGCCGGCUCGCCGGUCAAGUCCGUCAGCGUCUCGUCUCCCCCCUCCUCUCCCACCGCCAAGGUCCGUCGGUCCUGCAUGUGCUCCCCGACGAACCACCCGGGCUCGUUCCGCUGCAGCCUCCACAAGGAGGGCAAACAGGCGGCCCCCGCCGUCAGCAGCAGGCCCGCCUCUCCGCCUUCACCGCCGUCGAAGCGCACGGCGAGCCCGUUCGCGCAGCUCGUCCCCAGCGGCAGCGGUAGCGGCUGCUCUAAACGCUCGUACAGCGGGCUGGCGCAGCGCGUCCCCAUGGGGAGCGGGCACUGGGCACGCAAGGCGCUCGUGCCGUCCCCCGCCGUGCAGCAGCAGCAGCACCGGAAGCGAGUGGUGGAGCGGUUCCACGCCGGGCCAAGCCGGCUCUCCGCCGCCGGCGGCCGCCAGUAAAAAAAACAACAUCGUCGACAUGCCAUAGCGAAGAUACGUACAUACUGAACAUACUGUACAUAGGAAAGAAGUUCCCUGAAUAAUCCGGUCGCUGUAUAGAAAGAAGAUCGGUGGGGGUUAAGCCGGAGGGUUGGAGUUUUAAGACCCAAUUCGACUCCGGGCUGAUCAAUUAGGUAGUUUUUAGCUGCACAUAGAGUGGCUGUACAUAGAGUGAUCGUCUUCCUCCGAGCUCCGCUGCACAUAGAGUGAGUUCGUCGUCUCUGCUCCACCUGUACAUAGAGUGAGCUCUCAUCCUCUCUGCCCGCUGUGUACAACUCCCCUUGUUUUUGGUCUUUUGGAUAUACAUCAAUACUAGAUGAGUGACAAAUUUUUUUUUGAA